AUGUUAGUUCCACAAAGCGUGACAAACUUUUCCAAUGUUUUUUCUUGCGCUGUAAUACUGUUUGUAGCAGCACUCGUAUCGUUAACAAUGGCACAGGAUGAUCGCAAUCGUAUCGAUCUCUCUGACGGCUCGAAUGUGGCAAUCGACCAGCCUCUUACCGAGGCCAAGGACUGGUUUCUUACGGAGCAGGAGAUCACUUACUCGCGUGGUGGGGCACCUCGAGACGGUCUUUCUGUAUACACGGAAGAAAAUGCCAUCACGUCCUUCACCGUACCAAAUGAAUUUUUCAAUAGCGUCUACGACGACCUAUCAGUAGUAGGAGAUGGUCAGCGCGUUUUGAUAGCGACGUGGGAUUCUAAGCUCAUACCGCUCAAACCCGAUGUAGAUGUUUCAGGUGCUACCACCGGAUAUCAAAAGGUGUUUGCAGGGAUCGUCGAGCGAGGUGGUCAAGUCAACAUCCUGUCUUGGGCCAAUCUGCUGGAGCGAAGUAGCGUUGAGGUUCGUAACGUUAUCAACUCCCUUCCUCCAUCUCCGGUCAACGAUGCUCGUGCGUUAUUCAUCUUCGAUGAUCGUUUGAGCACGAUUUCAUCAUCUCAUCACCAAAAGACGAUUGUCAUUGCAGCUACCAGCUCGUCCGGGCACGAUGAUCAUCCGGUUGCCUCAGCUCUUCGUGAUGCUGCCGGUAUCACCAUGAGAUUCAAGGGCUGGAUAGACGGUCAUAUUCGUAUUCAUGGGCCCGCAGCCAAAGAUGUGGCGAGUAACCACCUUUCUCGCUGGAACUCGGACUAUAUGCCAACCCGGGGAUUAGAAGAUGACAUGCUCAGCUUUAACAAUCCUCCCUAUUACAAACUCGAUCCCCUUGACUACGCUAGUAGUACGAACAAGUCAACGCUUGGAAAACAGAGCGUGCAGAUUGUCCGAACCUUUAGUUGCAAGUACGAGCAUUAUACAGAGUUUGCUCCGCAUGGCGAAACAUCGUUAUUGCAGGCGCGUAUCAAGGCUAUCCAGAAUGCCCGUAAUUACAUUUACAUCGAAGACCAGUAUUUCAUCCUCGUACCUGAACUGCUUGACGCUCUCUUAAUGGUGAUGCCGAGACUGCAGCACGUGAUAGUGGUCGUACAGGCUCCCGUGGGCAACGUCGUGUACAGUGGCUAUGAAAAAUACUUCUACGAUAUGGUGUCACCUCUGAAGAAGAAAUACCCAAACAAGUUCAAGGUGUACACCACCAAACGUAAGUUGAACCUCUACAUUCACAGCAAAAUUGUCAUUAUCGACGACGUGUACUUGUCCAUUGGAUCUGCCAACUGGAAUCGACGCAGUAUGACGUCAGACUCGGAGCUUAACGCGAAUGUUGUGGACCAAGACACAAUAAAGUCGCCUGACGGGAUUACGGUGAACAAACUCGCACGUGACUUCCGUAUCCGCAAGUUCCACGAAAUGACGGGUGUGAGCUAUGACAAGCUGGACGCGAUGACGUUCCUUGACGCCGCAGCCCAGUUCGAUGUCGCGGCUGCAGACGACAUGUCGCUCCUGCAAAUACUUUCGGCUAAGACUUACCUGUACCAUAUUGUCUUCCUUGACUCUAUUCGUCAGCAAGUGGAUCCACAAGACACCUGCAAUACGUAA